GACACAUGUCCUAGAAAGUGAUUCUGGGACACCCUUGCCUGGCUUCUGUACACCGAUUCAGCCCAUUGGUGGUUUCUCUUUUGGGGUCUGUGGUGAAGAUGAACACAGUUUGCGGGAGCGUCUAAGGAGGCGUGCCAUUGCAAUGGCGGAAGGGCACUCAUCUACUCCACAUUGUGCACAACAUUUGUCUUUCCACUCUGAUGUAGCUCCACGUGACAACUGUCGUGUUGGGUCUUCUGGUUUGUCACCCAUCACUUCCGCCGACCACGUUGCCAAUGCUUCUCCUACGCAGAGGGGGGGGGCUGCCACCACGCCACCGGUGUCAGACGUGGCCGGAGGAGCAGGUGGGUCCUCGUCAUCUCCGGCAGGACAUGGCAGCCCAUAUAGCCCAAGCGUGGCAUCUCAGCAUCACGUUCCAUCAGAGUACUUGAUAAAUCGGCUAAUUCGGGACAUUGAGGAUGGCAUUUCCCCCGCUCAUAAUGCUGCAGACACUGCAGCGGCGGACAAUGUCGGUGGCAAUGCAGCUGCCCCUUCACGAACACCUCCUCACCAAUCCGGUGAUCUGACUCCUGUGAAUCGCACACCCACCCGAGCCGGUGGCCGCGGUCAAUCUAGCCAGAGCCCUUCGGGUGUAGUCCGUGAGGCAAGAACUUCUCCUGCUGCACGUCCCCAGGGACAGCAAGUUCUGAUGAUUGAGGGUACAGAGGCAUACGGACGGGCAGGGGUGAAGGGGAACUUCUGGAAGUUCGUGGAGCUGUGUAUGAAGGAGAAGGGUUACAAUCGCGAUCACGAGCAGUGCAAGAACAAGUUCAACCAAGUGAUAGAGUACUACCGGAAACUGAAGUGUCAUGAGCGAUGGUCCGGACUUCCGAGCUACAGGGACAUGAACAGCACGAGACGAAAAAAAUACAAAGUCGAUUUCGUACUGCGUCGAAGUUGGUAUGACAUCAUCCACUCCGUUGAGAAGGACAUGGACUCUAUAAACCUCACGUAUUUGAGGGACGGCGGUGACGACCCUCUGCAGCACAAGGACAUUGACGACAUGGGCGAUGCAGAUGGAGAGACAGAGGGGCCGAGCGAGGACCCAGGCGGCGGAAGCAGAGUUGCAUCCGGCGGCUCACGAUCGACAACUUUUGAACCUACGCUCGAAAAGAGGAAAAGAGUGUUUUCCAAUGCGCGUGAGGCCAGCGUGCAAGCCGUGACAAGCGCAAUGCGUGACCACACGACUGCGCUCACACGAUCCAAUAGAGAGUGUGCGAAGAUGCAAUGUGACACCACGCGUGAUGUGGCAAAGCAACAGGCUGAACUCGCUACACAACUCAUGCAGCAAGAUUUAGCUGGGCGUGAGAGGGUGGCCACCAUUGUCGGGGAUAGGGUCGAGAGUGGAUACAACCGCCUGGCAGAUGCCAUUCUCAUGAUGGGAUCCCGAAGGAGGAGUCAUUCAUCUAAUGAUCCCCGUUCCAGUGAGUCUGAGUAAGACAUUCCAGCGAGUCUGUGGAAACUGAUUGCAGUCUCUAUAGGUCUUUCGGAGCUUUUCCACGUG